ACCAGUGUACGCAGACACAAGAUGACGUCAUAGUCCUGAGCCAAUCGUUUGCAGAGCGCCAAGAGCCUCUCAUUGGAAAACAUGGCGGACAUGGAAACAGAAAUAACAUUUAAGAAGGAGACUGUAAACAAACUCUUGUCAAGUUUCUUCAAAGAGGACAAGACAAAAUUGAGUGGCGAUGCAGUGGUGCUCAUGGCAGAGAUGUUAAAAAUAUUUGUCCAAGAGGCUGCUGUAAGAUCACAAAAACAAGCUGAAGCAGAGGACUGCAACCAAGUAGACAUUGAGCAUUUUGAAAAAAUCCUGCCACAGUUGCUAUUGGACUUCUAGCACAAACAAGCCACAAGAUGGAGCCACACUGCUGCAUACUUGGCCUAUAGUUCUUUUCUUGUACAACCUAUUUUUUUAUCUAUAUUGAUAAUUCUUUGCGUGCAUAAUAACUCCAAGCAUUAUUAUUAAAUGCUUUACCUGUA